AUGAGUAUUAAUAAUAAGAACCCAUAUGGACCAAAUCCUAGCGAUUUUCUGUCGAAUGUGAAUAGCUUUGAAAUUAUAGACACUACUCUUCGGGAAGGUGAGCAAUUUGCGAAUGCAUUUUACACCUUGGACUCUAAGGUUAAGAUUGCCAAGGCACUCAGUGAUUUCGGCGUUGAUUACAUAGAGCUGACUUCGCCUGUGGCCUCGCCACAGUCCAAGAUUGAAUUAGAAACAGUCUGCAAGUUGGGCUUGAAGUGUAAGGUGUUAACUCAUAUUAGAUGCAAUAUUAACGAUGCCAAGGUGGCUGUUGCAUGUGGUGUGGAUGGUGUGAAUGUUUUUAUUGGUACUUCACAGUUUAUGAAGAGGUAUUCUCAUGGUAAGGAUAUGUCAUUUAUUACGAACGCUGCUAUUCAAGUUAUAGAAUUUGUCAAGUCUAAGGGUCUUGAAAUCAGAUUCAGUACGGAGGAUUCAUUCAGAUCGGAUAUGGUUGAUUUGUUGAAUAUAUAUACCACUGUCGAUAAGAUUGGCGUGAACCGUAUUGGAAUUGCUGAUACAGUUGGAGGUGCUAAUCCAAGACAAGUUUACGAUCUCGUGCGUACAAUUAAAUCUUGCGUGAGUUGCGAUAUCGAAACUCAUUUUCAUAACGACACUGGCUGCGCAAUCGCCAACGCUUACACAGCCUUGGAGGCUGGUUCAAAGUUCAUAGAUACGACUGUUUUAGGUAUCGGUGAAAGAAACGGUAUUGUUGCUCUUGGAGGUUUCAUGGCUAGAAUGGUUGUUUCUGCUCCUGAUUAUGUCAAGUCCAAGUAUAAGCUCACAAAGCUCCGUGAAUUGGAGACCUUGGUUGCCGAAACUGUUAAGGUGAAUAUUCCAUUCAACAACCCUAUUACUGGAUUCUGUGCUUUCACACAUAAGGCCGGUGUGCAUGCAAAGGCUAUUCUUGCUAACCCUGCCACCUAUGAGAUCAUCAAUCCAGCAGACUUUGGCCUUUCCAGAUAUAUACACUUUGCUAGUAGGCUGACUGGAUGGAAUGCUAUUAAAGCAAGAGUGGAACAAUUGAAUUUGGACUUGGCUGAUGAUCAGAUCAAGGAGGUUACCAAAAAGAUCAAGAGCAUGGGAGAUGUGCGACCAUUAAACAUUGAGGAUGUUGAUUCCAUCAUUAAGGAUUAUCAUUCAGAUUCUAAGAAGAUUGAACUUGCGAAGAAGGAACAGGAGGAACAUCGUGAAGCUCUGGAAAAUCUGGCCGGAGAUGAUAAGGCAGAAGAUGAACCAGAACAAAAGAGGCGCAGAGUCGAAAACUAG